UACUUCCGAAUGAGCGAGCGAGUCAAGUCAAGAAGGAAGGCGAAGAAACUAAAAUCUGUCGUUCACUUUUAGUGAUGUAAAUUUUGAAAAUUUAACAAAAUGAUAUUGUAAAACCUUAAUAAGACAGUCUUAUUUUCAUUUUAAUUGUAUCUUAGUGAUAUUGUUUUGACUACUAUAUCUCUAACUUUAUACAACGUUGGAUAAGUGAGAGAGUUCAGUGCGAGUGCAAGGGUGGUAACGAGAAAUGUGAAGUAUCUAUGAAGUUCAGGAUUCUAAGGCCGUUUAUUUUAUACCUAUAAUAAUGAGCGGACGCCCUAGGACCACGUCAUUCGCCGAGGGCAGCAAAUCCGUUCGAAAGACAUUCGAUAAUCAGCCACAAAAACCACCACUUGGAGGCGUAAAAAUUAGCAGCGACGUGGAAACCCCUAAAAAGACCGAGCUGACUUCGGACAAGAAGACUGCCUCCUCGCAUCGCAAGGACGGCUCAAAGGUGACGACUGUGGUGGCGACGCCGGGGCAAGGCCCCGAUCGGCCGCAAGAAGUCAGCUAUGCGGACAUGAAGCUGAUUGGAAACGGCAGCUUCGGCGUCGUCUACCAGGCCAAACUAUGUGACACCGGCGAACUCAUUGCCAUAAAGAAGGUGCUCCAAGACAAGAGGUUUAAGAAUCGAGAACUUCAAAUUAUGCGACGAUUGGAGCAUUGUAAUAUUGUGAAAUUGAAAUACUUCUUUUACUCAAGUGGAGAAAAGGCGGCAGUGCCCGCAGCAGUGAGCUCUAUGUUAAACGCAAUGCAGUCUCUAGAAGUCGCAAAAGACGAAGUGUACCUGAAUUUGGUGCUGGAGUACAUACCAGAGACUGUUUAUAAAGUCGCACGUCACUACUCCAAAGAUGAACAAACCAUACCCAUUAGUUUUAUAAAGCUCUACAUGUACCAGUUGUUCAGAAGCCUGGCAUACAUCCACUCGCUGGGUAUUUGCCACCGGGACAUCAAACCACAGAAUCUUCUACUCGACCCGAAGACAGGCGUCCUCAAACUGUGCGACUUCGGCUCGGCCAAGCACCUCGUGCGCGGGGAGCCUAAUGUUUCUUACAUCUGCUCGCGGUACUAUCGCGCUCCAGAACUUAUUUUUGGCGCCAUAGAUUAUACCACGAAAAUCGAUGUAUGGAGUGCGGGUUGUGUGGUAGCAGAACUAUUGUUGGGUCAACCAAUAUUCCCCGGCGACUCGGGCGUCGAUCAGCUGGUUGAGAUCAUUAAGGUACUAGGGACACCUACACGGGAACAAAUCCGAGAAAUGAAUCCGAACUACACAGAAUUUAAAUUUCCACAAAUCAAAAGUCAUCCUUGGGCAAAGGUGUUCCGCGCGUGCACGCCGCCGGACGCGAUCUCGCUGGUGUCGCGGCUGCUGGAGUACACGCCGGGCGCGCGCCUGUCGCCGCUGCAGGCGUGCGCGCACAGCUUCUUCGACGAGCUGCGCGAGCCGGCCGCGCGCCUGCCCAACGGCCGCGCGCUGCCGCCGCUCUUCAACUUCACGGAGUACGAGCUCAGCAUCCAGCCGUCGCUCAACGACUUCCUCAAGCCGCGCGCCGCGCCCAACGACCAGCCGCACCAGGCGCCCGCGCCGCCGCCCGACGCCGACCACGACGCCCAGGGCGAGAGUACGGCCGGCGGGUCGAGCGGCGCGGCGGGCGGCGCGGCGCUGGCGGGCGCCUCGUAAGGCCUCGGCCUCGCGGCUCGAGCCCGCCUCGACACAGCCGCCUCGUAAGGCCUCGGCCUCGCGGCUCGAGUCCGCCUCGACGCAGCCGCCUCGCCUCGCCUCGCCUCCACCCAGAACGACGCUCGUUCCUACGCUAUUUAGUGAUAGUCCUUUUCGUGUUGGCCAUCGGGAAAAAUUAUAUGCAUAAUAGGUGUUUUCGGCGAGUAAUCGUGUGAUACUUGUAGUAUAAUUGUGGAUAAAGCUUGAGCUGUCGUAGUCGGUGAAGAGGGUAAAAUCCACUGUAGUUUCUAAAACCGUCGCGAUGUGAUUACUUUGUACUUUUGUAAGCUCAAAUUGUCUUUUAUGUACAUACCUUAAAUACUGUUUUUAAAAUAAUGUUUAUUUGGUAAACGACAGAUGAUCAUCUGGACGAAUUGUUUUAUUUUGUUGUCACUUGCGAUAUUUACUUUUCUAACUAUUUAGUAUGGUUCGCCUCCGACCGUAGCCAGUUGGAGAUGUUGCAUUAGCGAGAAGGUAGUCACAUGUUUGUUUCACAUGAAUCACCUAUUGAGAUAUAUGUAGUGAGGAGCGUAACCUUGCUUGGGCCGUGUAAUCAGUAGAGAAGACAUAUUCAGUAGUGCAUUAGCGUAUUUAUUGUUGGAACGUAUGACUAACUCAUGAAACGUACGCCUAGUGUAUUUCAACGAUGAAAAAUUAGUAAACGGAACAUUUUUGCAUUAAUAGGAAGCAUACUUGUAAAUUUUUAAAACUAGCAUAAACUGAUCUCUCAAGAUAAUUUAAUAUUUAAUGAUAUCUCAAAAUAUUAUGUAUAAACAAUGCAGAGAAUAUAAAUUUCUAGAUGACAUAUUAUAGAUAUUUGUUUCUCGGCAAUUUGUAUGUUAUUUACAUUAUUUUGCGGUGUACCUUAUCUUAUCCAGUGCUGGAUAAAUGUAAUGUAUUUAAUAGCACUGUCGGUGUCCUAAUGUAACAACAUAGUUUUUCGAUAAUAUUGUAUUCUAUAUUCAAUAAAUAAAUGAUAUUUCUAUUAUAUAAAAUUUGUCAUUGAGAACACUAUCUUUAUUAGUAGUCAUUAUGAAACAAUGUUAAAAUAAUGCUAUAAAUUUCAUUGUCAUAGUUUUAAGUAUUCGAGUAAUUUCGUUUUGCACUUCAAUUUGGAAUACAGUUACAAAUUAGGGCGAAGGUAUUAAACCUUUAAGUAUAGAAUAACAUCUUUUAUUCGUGGUGUAGAAGUAGCCUAAUCACAUAACCUUAUUGGCGUAUUAUUGUUUAAUCGCCCCGCACCAUUUUAGUAUGCAUUUUUACCGAAAGGAAAGCAGCUGAAUCGCUGAAGUCAUCUCGACGCCGCAAGUCUGGGGCUCGCGACCCGCUUCAAUAUAAUCGCUUUACAAGUGCAGCAUUUGUAAUAUUAUAUUUUAUUGUGUGUAAAUUAUUUAUAAAUAGUUAUUACAUAAAAUCAUAAAUAUGAAUUAUGUGCGACUAUAAUGCUUGGACCGGCCCCUCAGAAGAUCUUUUGGACUAGGGUCAAGACGAGUCUCUAGACACUAUGACCUUGGUAUAAAAUCUGCGAGUCUGCCUUUUUUUAGUACUGUCUCGUUACAGAAUAUAUUCCAUUUCGGUUGUAGUUGUAUAAACAAGUUUGCAUGUCCUCGUAUCCAACAUAUAUCUACAAAUAAAAUAUUAUUACGCCAGAGCCACAAGUAAUACACAUGAUUAAUGUAUUACCAUUUAUGUACCUAUGUACUAAUUACGUAUAAAUUAUUGUAUUUUAAGAAAUGCGCUCGGCGCAUUGAUUUGAAAUCACAUAGUGGAGCUUAGUUGUCGUCGUUAAGGCUAUUGAUUUGCUGACACUCCUUGAUGAUUCGUGUAAAUAUAUAUUAAUUAUCUUUAAAGUAUGACUCUGAGUGACGUGCAUCGUUAUCUCGCUGUCUGCGGCGAUCGCUCGCCCCGCCAGCGAACGACACGGUAGUUUAGAUAUGCAUAUUUUUAUUAAGUCUAUCUAAUAUAAAUUUUGUAAUCCACGUUGCUUCUAAAGACCCUCUGUGUAUAAAAUUGAAGACAUACUAGUGACCUGAAUGUUUGAAGCGAAAUUAUAAACGUCUCUAUCCCGCUCAAUUCUCACUUUCACGUUUUACGUGCACGUUUUCUGCAUGAGAAUUGUUUAUGAAAUAGUUCGAAAUGGGGUUAUGACUAAAUUUAUUUAAAGUAAAAAUUUUCUUAUUACUAUUAUUGUAAUAUUAAAUUAAAUAGCGAGUGAAAUUUGUAUUUGUUUUAAUAUUUGUUUUACAGAAUUUGAAUACAUCGUAACACCCAUAUCGUUGUUAGUUAUGAAUAAAAUAACAUAAUUAUAAAAGUAAAUAUUAAAUGAAUAGUA